UGUAAUGAGUCGAUAACUGAGGAUGCUCCAUCAGCUGAUUUGGUAUCAUCAAAUCCCAUUUCUACUGGCAAGAGAGGAGAAGCAGGUCCAACCCAAGUUCUUGUUGUUCGUGGACUGGAUGAGAAUGUUGUUGAGGAAAUGCUUCGUUAUGAAUUUUCUAAUCAUGCUCCUCCUAUUAAG